AGCUUUCCUUUUAGGUUAUCAAGAGAUCUUUUUGAUGCAAAAUCCUCACUCCCUCCUGUGGCCCCAGUCUCAGUCUUAGAUGGUGAGGGCCUCAAGCCCACAUUGGUUUAUUGAAAUCCGUAUUUAGGUCCCAGCAUGUGGCAAUGUGCUCCACUCUGAUGACACUUUUCGUUUCUAAUAAUAGAGCAGAUGAAGUAAUAUUGCAAUUGAUGUUCCCAGGGAUUUGAUUGGAUAAGUGCAUAAACUGUGGAUGGAGAAGAAGAUUGUAUGGACGGAUCACAUUAGUAUUCCCGUCCUAUCAAUGUGCGGGCCAGCGAACAACGUCAGCCGGACCGAUUCCUUGCGUCUGCCAGUCCCAGCACAGAUUCAUUUGGGAUCCUCAAACAGACAAGCCCUUAGAGACGAGGGAUCAAGGCAGCCGAUUAGAGCCAAUUGCCUGCUUCGGGGACGGCCAGCCCUUCCAGGCCUGGCGACAGUGGAGGGAGGGGAAAGACCAACCGAGCACCGCUGCGGGAAGACACUGAAGCAAGAGCGACACCCCUUUCCGCCCCCCACCUUGCAGCGCAGGCUUUGAAAGCUGCUCCCCCACCUGAAUGGAAACGCGGAACCGCCGGGCGGCGCGUUCCUUCUCGCCCAGCCUUGCGAUCCAUGCCGAGAGGAAAGCGGUGCGAGCCCGCGCCAGCGCCCAGCUCCCGGGACAGGGCCGGCAAUGCUGCUGAGCAGAACUUGAUCGCGCCCCUUCCUCGCUGCUAGUGGAAGCGAUGCUGCACGGCACAGCCAGCGCUUCCCCGGCUCUCCUUCAAGCUGAAGGUUACCGACCCGCGCAGCCAGUCCCAACCCUGUGAACCGCGCGCCUCGGGUCCCGGCUCCGGCUGCUUGGCGGCGGCGCGCAGGGCAACGACCGGGCCGCCCGCGCCGGGGCGCACUGCACCAGCGGCUUCGGCUUGGUGGAUGUGUAUGCAUGAGUUCUGCACCGAAUGGGCGCAAAAAGCGCCCCAGCCGGUCCACCCGCUCCUCGAUCUUCCAGAUCAGCAAGCCCCCGCUGCAAAGCGGGGAUUGGGAGCGCAGGGGCAGCGGCUCCGAGAGCGCUCAGAAAACCCAGCGAGCCCUGGACGACUGCAAGAUGCUUGUCCAAGAGUUCAACACGCAAGUGGCCCUGUACCGAGAGUUGGUCAUUUCUAUCGGGGACGUCUCAGUCAGCUGCCCCUCACUAAGGGCGGAAAUGCACAAGACAAGAACCAAAGGCUGUGAAAUGGCCCGUCAGGCACACCAAAAACUGGCUGCCAUCUCAGGCCCAGAAGACGGUGAGAUCCACCCAGAAAUCUGUCGGCUUUACAUCCAGCUGCAGUGCUGCUUGGAAAUGUAUACGACAGAGAUGCUAAAAUCCAUAUGUCUGCUGGGGUCUCUUCAGUUUCAUCGAAAAGGAAAGGAACCUGGUGGGGGAACCAAGAGUUUGGAUUGCAAAAUUGAGGAGAGUGCUGAAACACCUGCCCUAGAGGACUCCUCGUCAUCCCCCCUAGAUAGUCAGCAACAUUCCUGGCAGGUUUCCACAGACAUCGAGAACACUGAAAGAGACAUGCGAGAAAUGAAAAACCUUUUAAGCAAACUCAGGGAAACUAUGCCUUUACCAUUGAAAAAUCAAGAUGACAGCAGCCUUCUGAAUCUAACUCCCUACCCCCUGGUUAGAAGACGGAAGAGAAGGUUCUUUGGGCUAUGUUGUCUCGUCUCAAGCUAGGCGGCUCCUCCUGGAAACUUGUUGGGAACACCGGAAAAAAAAAAAAAAAAAAUCACAAAACCUGAGGACCUCCAGACAGCUGAACCACACAUUUAUUGGUUUUUGACUAUGUUUUCUAUGCUUCCUUAUUUUACCUGCUUCCCCCUGCCCUUUUAAAUGAUUUUACACUCGAAAGCAGCUGCCAUCAAGGGAAGAAAAAAAAAAAAACAGAUUAAAAAAGGCUGUUUUUAAAAAGAAUUUUUAAAGCUGACAUUGCACAUGUCUGCUCCAAACCAUGCCGUGACAGAUGCAAGAAUUAUGAUUUUUAAAUUAUUUAAAGGUUUUUUUAAAUGUAUUAUACGGAGAAAAAUUAUUUCAUGUAUAAUAGCAUAUCUAUAGCUCUUACUGAUCUCAUGUUAACAAUUUAUCACAUAUGAAAGAAGUCUUUAAGCAUAGAAAUCUAUUUAAAACUACAAAACUUUGUUCAAAAAUCCAAUCUAUCAAUAUCGUUAGAAAUAAUAUUAUAAGCAAACAUAUACCACCUUACCUAUUGCUUUCUCUGCAUUCAUUUACAUUUAGUCUUCCAUUCUGUCAGAAUCUAAGCACUUCACCAUAAAAAUAUCUUAAUUUAUAAUGCAACAAACACCACAUAUGAAAAGUACUUAAAUUUUGUAAAUAUAUAAUAAUCCUAAUACUUUCAUAUAAUGCAUAUGGGCAGGCAACUAAUUUCCUUUUGAUCCAAUGGUGUCUUUUUCAGCUUCUUGGAGAAUGAAGUAAUCCAGUUAGGAAAUGGUGUAGUAACAUAUACAUUACCCUCAAAUGUAAAAUUGAAUAUUACCACAUUUUGUUCUAACUGAAAUCUGAAGCAUGGUGUCUGCACAUCAGCAUAGUGUUAAAUCUUAUAGGGCAUGCAGGAAUUAGCUCAGAUCGUAAAAAUAUUUAACAUUUUACAUUGUUAAUAAAAUUUUUUUAGUUAAGCUAAGCUUGUCUCAUUUUAGAUGACUAUGCAGAUAUGACUUUUCCAAUGUGUACUUAGUGUCUUGUCUUAUGCUUAGAAUCUUGAAAGCAGGACACAUUAAGCAAUACUAUAUUUUAGAAAAGAGGAAACCACAUGCUUUGUUUUUCUGCUCACAGCUUUGUUGUGAUCUUCCUCCACUAAACUUGUAACAUGGUACAAAUUUUGUUAUAUUUUCCCCUGUUCUUCCUUUGGCCCAUUUCCCAGACAGAAUUUCCCAUGGGUUGAGAGAUCAAGUCUUCGCACUUUUUUCUUGUUUUCCACAGUCUGAGAAAUCUUUGAGCCAGACAGGAGGCACCAGUGCCUAGUACAAUAGAAGAAUGAGCUAGAUGCCUCUAAAUGGUUUAUCCAACCUUUAUCUACCUUCAUUCCAACACUACACUUUCUCAAUACUUAUAUGCACAGGCAUUUAUAUGUAGACCAAUAAUUUGAUCUAAAAACUAAAUGUAUUAAAGCCUUUAGCUUUAGUGAAGAUGAGUGGUACAGAUGAACUAUUGGAAUAAUUAUUGUAUCAGGCUGAAUUACAUGAAAUUGCUGAUAUUUGACUGUUUUGACCUACAAAAUGGCAAUUUCAUGUAGUUCAACUUAGUAUCUGAUGUUGUGGAAAUUAUACUUGGAAUUGUCUUCUAGCCCUUUUGAUUGAAAGUGAAAGAAUUAAAGGGUUGGAAGAGAUCUCAAAAGCUAUGCAGGUCUCUAUUUAGAUCAUACCAGCUGGCUGUUGGCCUUAUUCUUGGAGUCCAGCCUUGUGUUCCAAUGAACCAUUAAUUAGUGCAUGGUUAUAGAUAUGCCUGGCUUCACAAAAAGAACACUUGAAAAGUUAUAUGAGAAAAUCAUAAUUUGCUAAAUCAAAUACUUGUAAAACAAUUGUGGGAAUAUGCUAUUUAAAGACUUUUAGAGUGAAUACUCCCAUGCAAAACAACCAACCACUCCCAGACUUACCUGAUCUGCAAACCUUGAUUUUCAAACAUCAAGUUUGAUUAAAGCUUGAUAUCCUUUCCUAAGUCCAGUUCAUUUUCAUCCCCUGAGGAGAUUUCAUUUAAAGUUUAUUGUCUUCGAAAUGAGGAAGUAGCCUAGUUUGGCAGCUCUCAGCUUCUGUGUCUGCCUUCUCCCACACUUCAACUAUGUUGAACUCUAGCUUCAAUCUAGUUUCUCCUAAUCCAUGCAAAGUUAUUAACUGAUAAGCCCAACCCUGGUGUUCAGCAUGUUCUUCUGAUGCCUGACCUAAAUCACUUCUGCUUGGUUAAUUGUGCUCACUCUCGCCUUAGUGUGAAAGUAACACUUACCUUAUGUGCAAUUGUCCUUUGUAUAACUGAAGACUGUUAAUAAAUUCAAGUCUCACCUCCAUGUCUGGGAAGGCUGUAGUAGCUAUUCAUGGAGAUGGGAAUUUGUCUAAUUACCUAGCCAGACUUUCCAUAUCUAAGGUAAUAUAUUCAGCCACCUUAUCUUUUAUUCAUAGUGCCUGUUUUUCAGGCUUCUAUCAGUUUUGUAGUUCCCGUGGACAUACUCCAAGAUUUAUAGAUCUUCUUUCAGUAGCAUGUCUUAAAAUUAAAUUUAGUGCUUACAGUCCUGGUAACCUCCACUGGCUCAAGAUUGCAGUAGGUUAUUCACCAUCUCCCAUUAGAUAUGCCAAUGCAUUGUUUACGGGCUGCCCCACUCUCCUCUCACUUACC